UUUUGGACUUGACUUUUUUGAACCAUCACGUGAUCCAGCUGCAUUGGCUCGUUCAGGUUUUCUUGGAGGAAGUCAUUGCUUGAGUGACAGUCAACUCUCGGACGAGGAUAUAGAAAACUGCCCACAAAGAAGCUUUGUGGUUGUCACUGUCAUCACUGUUGCUGUUGCUUCUUGCUGUUGAAGAUGGCGCCUCCUCAGGGAUUGAUCAUUCGCGGUGAAGGAGCCUCUCGAAAGCGCCAAUGGAAGGUCGGAAAACGGAUUGGAGAAGGCGCGUGUGCCUCGGUUCAUACUCUCUUGGAGAGCAACAACAGCAGUGGUAACAAUGGAAAGGAAACAGAAUACGUCGUCAAGAUUGUUCCGCUCCCCACCAAGGUUACAAAGAAGAAAAUGACGCUGCCCGAACGCAAUGCUCGGUUGCUCCAUUUUGAAGAAUUGGUCUACAAGAACCAGUUUCCAGAGUUCCAAGGAUACGUUCUGCCCAAGCUUUCACCUUAUGAUGGUCCACCUUCCUACGGAGAGACUGAUGGAUUCCGAUUUCUCACCAUGGAGAAAAUGAAAGCUCCUUUUUGGGAUGUAAUUCCAGAACUUCUUCGGUCGGGGUCCAGCCAAAUUGGCAUUGGUCCAAUCGGCGAACAACUGCUCACUUGCGUACAAGUCUUUCACGACAAGAAACAUGUCUUGGUGGAUAUCAAGCCAGAAAACUUUAUGCUGGCAUACAAUGAUCAUAACCAAAAGAAAACCAAAAAGAAAGAGUCCGUCGCGGAAGGUCUUGCAGGAAAGCUGAGAGUCUUGGAUUUGGGGCUUGUACAGAAUUUCAAAACAGCGGAGGGUCAUCGACCAGAUGAGGGGAUUAGUGAAAUUGUGGGGACUCCGCUAUAUUCUUCAUUGAAUUUGCACAGCAACCAUACACCCAGUCGCCGUGACGACGUUGAAGCUAUCGGAUAUGUCAUUGCUGAACUCAUCAUUCGGCUAGUCGCCGCCCAAAACGGACAAGCUGACAACUAUGAAAAACGUGGUUGUGAUAUUCCUUCGUACCUUCCAUGGAGUCAAGAGAAGUCAGAUGCGGCCAUUGGCAAGGUCAAGGAGAAACAGGUCAAUGACAUCAAGUCACAGUUCUACAAACGCAUGGGCGACGACAAAGCCACGGCCAAAACUAUGAUGGCUUUCUUUGAAGCCGCACAAGACAUCAAGUACAAGGCAGAACCAGACUAUGAAAAGUUUCGCGAGUUGCUAUCCACUCUCGUGGUAUCCGUCGGCCCGCCACAGAAAAAGAAAGCAGCAUCCAAGUCGCAAAAAUCGGCACAAUCUACAACAAGGCGAUCCAAGCGAGCUGCUGCGGCUGUUGAAAUUGACGAUUCGGAGGAUGAAGAGGCCGACUGUGACGUUGGGGAAUCUCCGAGCAAGCGAAAUAAGAAAGGAAAUGAGGAGUUUGUGGAUGCCGCCAUGGAACUUGACGACAAUGAUGCCGACGAUGAGGAUACGUAUGCGACAGCUCAAGAAAUGGAUUGGGAACCAGAACCGACGAUGAAAGAGAAUCUGGCUGCCAAAACUUCUGAUGGCAUCGUCGGUGUGUCUCUUGUGGUGACGGAAGGUCCUCAUGCUGGGGAGCAUUUUGAUUUGACAACUGGGGCAUCUGUCAUGAUUGGGCGUGAACCCGCGUCAUCACAGGCCAACAAAGCACUUGCCCUCUGGGAACUGCCCAACGAUGAGGAAGUUAGUGGUACCCAUUUGAGGCUGGAGCUUCAUGUCACUCGACAACGUUGUACCGUGAAGAUCGUAGACUUGCAGUCCACGAACGGCACUCGAGUUCGAAAGGAGCAACUGAAGAAAGGAGGUAGCAUUCAGGCUUUUAUCAAUGAUUCUUUUACCAUUGGACAAUCAACGUUUUGCAUUCGGGUCCUUUCAAACAAGGAGAAGACAGCCAAGCCCAAGGCCGCUGCCAAGCAGAAAGCCCCGCUAGCGAACCAAAACCAAGACGCCGUGAUGGUCGUGGUGAAAGGCCCGCACAAAGGCGAGUCAUUUGGCUUUAUUCGCGGAGACACGGACGCUUACAAUUUUGGGUCUGCACGUUCAGUGGCCAAGGGAGGUCUUCCGGCAAUUCUGGAUUCGGAUGAAAGCAUUGAAAAGCGCCAUUUACGGGCUCAACUCCAGAAUUCCAAAAAGGUGUUGAAAAUAUUGCUCACAGACAUUUCUGAAUCAUCAUCCGGGGUAUUGUUGAAUGGCAAGAAGAUCGCCAAGAACAAAGAAGUAGCUGCCUUUGUCAACGAUCGCGUCACUAUCGGCGAGACAGAGCUUGUAGUCCGACGUGAAUAGACUGCAUUGAGAAAUGAUGUCUGCUAGCGUCCAACAAGUGAUUGUGAAGAAGAAGGUUUAUCCACUUGAAAUCGAAGCUAACUAACUAUAGAAACUCGUAAAAUGGCACAACUCUACUUGGAAAACAUACCCGCGCCAAAUAGAGUGACAGUCCCAAACCUUUUUGAUCCAAGCACCGGUACAACACGUUCACAUUUUAAAAGCGAAACUAUUCCUUUUAGUUAUCAUUUGCUUUGCUCUAAAUUGUAUAGCUUCUUGUUUGCCUUCUUAUUAGCUAGCCACAGCAACCAGCUAUCCAUACCGUUCGAGGAGCUCACGUAGGUUGUCGCUCGAGAUAUCAUAUGCAGCCUGUUCGAUACGCGAUGGGAUACCGUCGCCGAUUGUCUUGAAGAUGGCCUUUGUACGCUCAUUGAUACCAGAGUCAGAGGGUCUCAAUUCUGAUUGUUCACCAUCUGUUGCCAGGCGCUCAAACAGUUUGUGACGUUCCCCUGCUGUGUGCAAGUGGGGACAAAGGUUGGCAAAUAGCCGCAGAGUGUUCUCGAACGUCAGAGGUCCAAGAGGGAAAGGGUACUCCACUUGCCCUCCAAGCGAAGGUAUUCCAAGGGGGUGACUGCCAGUCACCAAAACCUUCACAUUCUUGGUGCCGCGGAAGAGCGUACUAAGCAGCAUCGGGAACUCCUCAGCAUCAUCCGAAUUCUCAAGGUACUCCAUCCUGUCAAACACCACCAGUGCUUUUUCGUUCUUGAGAGCCUUGCAGAUGAAAUCGAAGAGAUCCUCCAUAUCUACUCCAGGAUCAGGAGGAUCCUCCUUCCCAGACUCAACGAGCUUACGAAGGA